GGGCGGGGCGGCUGUGAAGGGCUAGGGCGGGCAGUGGCGGCGGCGGCUGCAGAGGCCACUGUGGCGCUGACUCGGUGGCCGGCGGGCUGCUUGUGUCCUCUACCGGCGUCUUCGCUGGCCUCGCACAGCUCGGGCAGCGGCGGGCCGGGGCCCUCAGCCUGCCAGUGAGCUGCGGCGGGCACACCCGGGAGCGGCGGCGACACCGGGCAGGUUAGAGUGGGGGCAGGGGGCGGGCGCGGGAGAAGCCCAGAGUCAGAGAGGGAGCUCGAGCCAGGCCGUGUCCAACCAUGUCCGACGAGGCAUCGGCCACCACUUCGUACGAGAAGUUUCUAACCCCUGAGGAACCCUUCCCGCUCUUGGGACCCCCUCGCGGGGUGAGCACCUGCCCCAGCGAGGAGCCGGGAUGCCUGGACAUCAGCGACUUUGGCUGCCAGCUGUCGUCCUGCCACCGCACCGACCCCCUCCACCGCUUCCAUACCAACAGGUGGAACCUGACUUCUUGUGGAACAAGCGUUGCCAGCUCAGAAUGCAGCGAGGAGCUAUUUUCAUCAGUUUCUGUUGGAGAUCAAGAUGAUUGCUAUUCCCUAUUAGAUGAUCAAGAUUUCACUUCUUUUGAUUUAUUCCCUGAGGGGAGUGUCUGCAGUGAUGUCUCCUCUUCUAUUAGCACUUAUUGGGAUUGGUCAGAUAGUGAAUUUGAAUGGCAGUUACCAGGUAGUGACAUUGCCAGUGGAAGUGAUGUACUUUCUGAUGUCAUACCCAGUAUUCCAAGUUCACCUUGCCUGCUUCCUAAAAAGAAAAACAAGCACCGGAAUUUAGAUGAACUUCCUUGGAGUGCAAUGACAAAUGACGAGCAGGUGGAAUAUAUUGAAUAUCUGAGUCGUAAAGUCAGUACUGAGAUGGGACUUCGAGAGCAACUUGAUAUUAUUAAAAUAAUUGAUCCUUCUGCUCAAAUCUCCCCUACAGACAGUGAGUUUAUUAUUGAGCUUAACUGUCUCACCGAUGAAAAACUGAAGCAGGUCAGAAACUAUAUCAAGGAGCAUAGCCCUCGCCAACGGCCUGCAAGAGAGGCCUGGAAGAGAAGCAACUUUAGUUGUGCAAGCACCAGUGGAGUGAGCGGUGCCAGCGCCAGCGCCAGCAGCAGCAGUGCCAGCAUGGUCAGUUCUGCAAGCAGCAGUGGGUCCAGUGUUGGAAACUCUGCUUCAAACUCCAGUGCCAACAUGAGUCGAGCACACAGUGACAGCAACCUGUCUGCAAGUGCAGCAGAGCGGAUUCGGGAUUCAAAAAAGAGAUCCAAGCAGCGGAAGUUACAGCAGAAGGCCUUCCGCAAGAGGCAGCUGAAAGAGCAGAGGCAGGCCCGGAAGGAGAGGCUCAGUGGGCUCUUCCUUAAUGAAGAAGUGCUGUCCUUGAAAGUGACUGAGGAAGACCAUGAAGCAGAUGUUGAUGUUUUGAUGUAAUAAGGGUGAAUUCAUCAGCAAUCUUUCUAAGCAUUGAAGUGUUGUGUCCUCCUUGGUUUACAUGCAUCAUGACCAAAAUUCUGGUUAGGGCUGUGCUGAUGUACCAUUAAUAAAUUAGGUCAGUGGUUCUCAGUGGGUGGUCCUGGGGCCUGCAGCUUCAUCACCACCUGAGAAGUUGUUAGGAAUGCAUACUAUUAGGCCCCACCCCACAUCUAGUGAAUAGCAAAACUGAGGGGGAGAGGCCCAGCUGUUUUUAACCAGUGCCAGGUUAUUCCGAGACACACUCUGGUUUAAGAACCACUGGUUUUGGUAAAUGUUUUGAAUAUUUGAACUUUGUGGUGGUUAAGUGGGCUUUUUCAAAUACUAGUACUUUCACAGUUCAGAGGAUUUCAAGGUACUGCUGACAAGUAGUUUGUCAGUGUAUGUACUUGGAGCUCACAAUUCAGAUUCCUUCUUCAUAUUAUGAUUUCUUUGUUUAUUUUUUCUAAAGGGCCAUAGCACAAUUCCCAGUUCCUGGUGGAAGUCUCUUUUGAAGUGUGGGCAAGGUGUAGAUUGCUGUUUACAAUAGUGCCUUCUUUAGCUUUAGUUCUAUUUCUUUUCAUUAACUCAAAGGUUUGAAAACAGGCCCUAAUCUUUUUCCUGUUCAAUUUGUUUUUGUUUUCCAUUUUUUAUAAGUGCUGACUACUGAGAAGAUCAUGUUGUUACUAAGAACUAAAAUUUUAGAUUUGAUGCUAUGUUAAUUAAUAUUAAAAUGGAGAAAGCAAUCAGACAAAAAGCCAAUUCUGCUUGUCCAUUGCUUUCUGAAGUUUUAGGCUGUAAAAUUAUCUCAAAAGCAGAAGACCAAUAUCUUUCUCCCUCUCCCUCUCCCUCUCCCUCUCCACCUCUCACCCUCUCUCCCUCUCUCCCUAUCCGUCUCUCUGAUUCUUUUUGUAGGUCAUUUUUUUUUCCAGCACAGCUCUAAUUUUUAAAUAUUUGGUAUAAAUCUUUUUUUCUGGUAUGUGAACAGGUUACUGUUCAACAUUAACUGAUGGAAAUCCUUAGAGUUUUGCUAAACUUCCCUACAAAUUGCUAGAAAUAUACAGAGCAGCAAGAUAUAGAAAACACUGUAGCCUGUUGGUUAUUAAUAGAACUCUAAAUUUACUUCAAAUGUUUGCAUAGAGAGAUUGCUAUUAUGAAAUCAGAAAUAGUGUGAUCCCUUUACUUCUGUCAUGUGCCAUUGAAUGUUCACAUGUUCAAAGAUGGAAAGUGAUACUACUGACAAUCAAGCUGCUUUCCAACUGUCAUAAAUUGUUUUUAUUGUAGAUAACAUUAGAGAGUCAUUUUCUGUAGGAAGAGUUGUAAUCAGUAUUUUUAAAAACUAUAUAGUCCAGAGGUAAGUAGGAUUUCUACUCUUUUUAACUUUGUGUUGUAGUCAGGUAGCUCAUUAAGAAAAAUAAUCCUGAUUUGCAUUGUUAAUUCUCAGUUGGUAUGAAGACUUAAACCUUUACAAUUCCAUGUUUUGAAAUUUUGAUUUCAUCUUGGUUCCUUAAAGGUUUGAAGCAUUAAAUGUGAAGAUGAAAAUACAGUGCAGCUUAGCUGAGAUCUGUGGUUCAAUUAUAACCUUUUAAAGACAACUAAAGUAAUAAUUUAAAAUUUGACUAAUAUAAAAGCAAGUAUGUGCAUAUGACUUUCAGUGUGAGUAGUCCUGACUUCCCUGCUACCCUCUUUUUGGUGCUCUUAACCAGCUUAGGGGACUCAGUGAGAGUUCAGGGAUGGGCCUCGGAAUACUCUGCCGAAGAUGGAAUGGGCCAACCUCCUUGUUUGUGCUUCUAAGUCUAGGAAGAGCAAAUGGAGAGAAGAGCAAAUAGGUUUGAAUUGUCUACCUGCUUGUAGCAAAAGCAAAAUCCCACAGACUAAUUGCCUGUUCUCUUUACCUGUUCUUCACGAAAAAUAGGCCCCUUUUGGAGAACACUGAACAGCAUUUAUCUAAUACUUGGGAACUAUUCACUUGACGGUGACCAGUAAAAGAAAAUCCUAAACAGGGUCAUGAGGUAACUUAAGACCAGUUCUACUCUCCCAACAGUCACAUAAUCUUACUACCUUAGAUUUAGCUUAAGUCACUAUUGGACACGUUUACCAAAGUGCCACAAAGCCACAUUUGAAAGCUUGUAAGGAUGUGAGUGCUUAUAGACUGUGGCAUGAGAGCUUGUGUAAAUCUGGAUGCACUGUCUUUGCAGCCUUGUAAACUAGAGGUGACCCAUAAAGUCGAUUUGGAGGAGAUUGAAAAUAUUUCUAUCAAUCAGAAGAAAGCAGGUUAAACAACUUGGCCUGCUUAUAAUCCAAGAAGAUUCAACUUUGUUUGUAAUCACAUGUUUAAAAUUUCUCUAUCCUUCCCAAAAGAAACCAGCACAAAACGACAUAAACAAAAAGUUAUAUUGUCUUUGACAACAUGCUAUAUUACUUCUUCUGUUUUGAUGCCUCAUGUAAAUAAUUCAUUUGAAUUAUCUUUUUCUUGAACUAAGUAAUAAUUUGUUCUACCUGAUGUAUUUCUGAGUUCAAUUUUAAAAAUCGGUAUUUUUUAAAAAUAUAAGCCUUAGCUAAUGAGUUCAUACAAAGGUGAAACUUAUUUGUUCCAGUGUCACUGCUCACCUGUAGAAAACUGACAUUGGAGACAUAAGUAUCUCCCUUUUAAAAUAAAUCUUGUUAACUGAGGGCAUGGGAAAAGUCUCCACUGAUUUAUCCAGAAACAUUUUAUUAGAGAUUGUGUAGUAGUGGAUCCCUACCACAGCUUUUAAAGUGUGAACCUUGGACUAAACAAAAGGGCAUGUAUUUUUCUAGUUUUGCAGCUGAUCGAAGGAAGGCAGUGUAGUGUAAUGUGAGUAGGGUAGAAAGGGCUAGUUCGUUCUGUCCCAACAAGAAUGUAGAGUAUAAUAGCACUUUUUUAGUGUUUCAUUUUUGUUAGGCUGUGGCACUUUUGUCCAGUUCCUCUGUCCCUUAAGUAAAUUAGAUAAGACCAAAUUAAACCUGGAAACUGACUUCUGAAAUACUGACUCUUUAUACUUGUAAAAGCUAACUUGAGAUGUAUAAAUCCCCUCAUAAGGGAAAAAUUACAAGAAGCUAUAAGGUAUCCAGAUUCUGAUGAGCUUUAAAAAUCGUAAAAUUAUUAAAUGUCUUUGUAUUUAAGCCAAAAAUGUUUGUGUACACCAAUGUAGAAUCCUGUUUGUUUCAUGUUCUGUAGUAGAAACUUUUUCGUUGAUGGCUCACUCUGUAUAGCCUCAUGUGCCUUAAAAGUAGUGAACCCUGUACUUUUUGUCAAUUAUCAGAUUUUUCCAAACUCAAAAAUAAUCGAAAUGUUGUAAUUUGUUUUAUAUAAAUGCCCAUAGUAUUGGAGAUCAGUAAGCAAAGUUGUUAAGUUGAACCAAUCAGUAAUAACAGGACUAAAACAAAACAAAAAUGUUCAAACCUUAAAUUUCAUUUGUAUAACUCUUAUUUUUGGCUUAGCUAGAUCAUUGAAGAACCUUAAAAGUUAUCUAAAAUGUUGCUUAAUGAUUUUUUUAAAAACUUUUACUUUUCCUGAAAGAGAUCCUAGCUACCAAGGUGAUUUGUUUUAAACCCAGCUAACUUUUAGUGACCUGGGAAGAUCAUUUUCAAGGUAUAGGCAUAAGUACUUUGAGAAUAGAGAUUAUAUAGCAAGUCGAUUUCUCUGAUUAACUUUAGGGAAUCUUUGAAUUCACUUGUGUAAUAGCUGAAACACUCCUCGCCCCUUUGCUUUUAUUGAAUUACCUUUUAGCACUUUUAUCUUCAAGAAGGAUGCUUGUUUAGAAUUGAUGGAAAGUAAGCUAUAGUUUGGGAUAGUUGGUAGGAAAAUUCCCAGCUGCAUUCAAAUAAUAGUUUUGAUGUUGAGUGCCAUGACAUUCAACACGUUUAAACUAGUCGAUUUAAUCCUGAAGAGGACUGUUAGGAAAUAAGUAUUUGUAUACACAUGUAUGAGGGUGCUUCAUAAAGUUUGUGGAAAAUGGAAUUGAAAGUGUGAGUUUAUUUUGGCACAAAAACUUUUGAAAUCUGGCAUAAUUUUUUCAUGGUAUACAUUAUAUAGCAGCACCAAAUAAAUUUAUACAUUUAAUUCCAUUUUUUCCAUGAACCUUUUGAAGUACCAUCAUACUGUGGGAACUUUGGAUUAGUUUUUAAGUCUGAUAAAGUAAGAUAAAUAUUAUCUUAAAAAUUAAAUUAUGCUAAGUGGGUGAGAACUAGCUGAGAGAGAUUUUGAACUAGGCUCUAUCAGUAUAGUAUGUGAAACAUAACUCCUUAGAAUGCUUAUUUCUUUGGAAAGUAAUUAGCUUAUUCCAAAAGGCUUAGAAGGAAUUCUGAACAUUCCUCUAAGUAACUGGCUGUUAGGAGUAAGGAAAUUUCAUGGUAGAGCUGAAGCUCUAAGUUGAUGCACUAACAUUUAGUUUUUCUAUUUUCUUCUAUAAUAAAAUUAUUUUCAGUUUCCCCCUCCAAUCAUUUUUAAAUUAAGAUGAUUAAUCUUUUAGCCUAGAUCCUAUAGGUGACAAAUUUUAAUUUGACAUUCAUACUGAACUGAGAAAACCUGAUUUGGUCCUCUCUGAAUUCAGUAUUUAGUGCUUUCUGUAUUGUCAAAUUUUUGUUGAAUCUUUGUGGUCACUGGAACCUGUGGAAAUCUAUGUUCUUUGUUUGUGGAGUGAAAAAAGGGAGAAUUGUUCUAAUUAUGCAUAUACAUUUUAACUAUGUAAAGGUAGUUAUAGAAUUAAUAUGUACAAAUGACAAGUUAACACUUACUGUUCUGAAUUGUUCUAAGAACAGUGGCCUGAAUCCAUGACUUGUUUUGUGGUACAGCUCGCUCUUUAACAGUAGCUGACCUAUUGGAUUUCAAAUGAGACUUUGGAAUUAGGUUAUCUAGGUGAGGCUUUUAGAAAUGGAGCGGAUGAUGUCUGUUCCUGUGUAGCAGAUCAGUUUAAUUUCCUAUUUGAGCACCCUGAUUUAGAUAAGUAUCAUCCAUUCUAAAUCUUUGUGUUGGGAAUUUAAUAAGAUUGCUGUCAAAAGCUAUUAACAAUUAACACAAGUAUACGUGAAGCAUUUCACAGAUGGUUAAAAAUUUCAAAUUGUUUGUGGAAUAUUUUUUGUUUUGUUUUUUAGUUUCAAAGAUUAGUCAUGUAGCAUCAAUACCAUAACCAAAGCAAGUAGGAAGUUGACUAGUUUGGAGAAUCUUCAAGUAGUCUUAAAUCUGUAACGUAGCAGAUAGUUAACCAGGAUUUUUUUCCUGUAUUCCUGCUAAAUGUAUUACUAUAUUAAUGCACUUUUGUACAUAAAACUUUCUUCUGUACAUUCUGUACUUAACUACAGUGUAUAUAAAGCCUGAUUUUCCUGAAGCUGUGAGGGCGUAACAGUAGCUAUAACACACAAGUCAUUUCUAUUUUGAGUUUCUCCUUGUACUUGAAAGUAGUUCAGUAGUUAGAUCUAAAUGAGUGUGUAUGGUUGUAAUUAAAACUAUCAAUGUGGCAGAACUGUCUUUUGAAACUGAAUAGCAGAAUGGGAAAUGUCAUUUUGGUUAUUAGGAACUCUGGUAAUAGUACCAUUCUUUUUGGUUCUUUUGAUGUGUCUUCAGUUUUUACAAACCCUGCUGCUGUGUCCUACUUUAUAUUUUGCAUUUGUAUUUCACAUCAGCUCCUUUUCGUGCUCCAUCCCAGAACAUUUCCCAACAGAGAGGAGUUUCUUUUUGCUCACGGUUUGGGUCCAGGACUCUAAACUUUUGAUUGGUGAAAACCCUAAUUUGCCAAGUAUCAUUAGCAAAAUAUUUUUUUUUCCAGAGAGUUCAAACUUCUAGAGAGAUUAGCAUUCAUAGUAAGUGAAAAUUAGAUCUGAUUUUUUUCUGGCCAAAGGUAAGAUUUAUCUUUCCUUUUUAUCUAAAAAAAAAUUUUAAGUUAAAAUAUUAUAAAGGAAAUGUGGGCAGUUUUAGGAGACAUACUGGAGCGAUUCAGCCUUUUUAGCAUCAACUCUCUCUCUUGCCACUAGAGGGAGAUCUGGUUGCUCUCUCCUUUGGGAAAUGUCUUGGCUGCUUUUUUUUUGGCAUAGACCUUAUUCUUAAAAUUUGUUUUGUGAGUAAAAUGCUUUCAUUUAUUAAUUAGAGGUAAGUUAAGUCAGCUUGUUUAAUGCAGCCAAACAUUCAUGCUUUUCUGUAAUUUUCAAUUUUUAAUAAAUGUUAGAUAUUAAGUAAAA